AUGCAGGAGUGCGAUGCAAGGAUGCAAGAGAGAGCAGCAGAACUGAUGGAGCAGGUAAGAAGCAUGUUCAAGGACACUACCGACAUCUUGCAUACUAUGGACUUGGUCGAUUCAAUCCAGCUUCUUGGAUUGAGUUAUCACUUCGAGAAAGAAAUAAGUGAAGCAUUAAACCGAGUCCAUGAUGCCGAUUUUAACGAUCAUGGUCUCUACGAUACUGCUCUCCGGUUUCGCCUGCUGAGACAACAAGGGUAUCAUGUGACCCCUGUUGUCUUUAACAAGUUCAAAGAUGAGGGAGGGAGUUUCAUGUCUACCUUGGGGAGUGAUGUGAAAGGACUGUUAAGCUUGUACAACGCAGCCUAUCUUGGGACUCAUGGGGAGAUCAUUCUUGAUGAAGCCAUCUCUUUUACGAGGAAUAGCCUAGUGUCUGCAUUAGCUGAUCUUAAACCACCAUUAACAACGCAAGUGUCUCUUGACCUCGAGACACCUCUCUGUAGAAGAAUGAGAAGGCUCCUGGCAAGAGAUUACAUCUCUAUAUACCAAGAGGAUGCCACACGAGUUGAUGCCAUCCUGGAGUUUGCAAAGUUGGACUUCAAUUUGUUGCAAUCUCUUCAUCGCGAGGAACUUAAGAACAUCACCAAGUAA